GCCUUUACAUGCAAACCACAGCAUAGCACAACCACUGCAAUUAUUUAGUUCCCCACCCAAUAUCCCAACAACUUAAUGCAAAUCAUAUAAAAAGUGACCCCAUUUUCAGAAUCCCGAGAAACAAACACCCUUUCCUUUUCUUUUCUUUUCUUUUCUUUUCCCUCCCCCUCCCCCUCCCCCCUCUCUUUCCUGCCGUUGACUGACUAUACUGCUUCUUCUUCUUCUUCUAAAACCAUCUGUUCGUUUUCCUCACUUUCUCACCCUUUUUCUUUCCUUAUAUACCACCCAAUCUCUCUCUCUCUCUUCCCGUUCAUUCAUCGCCAAAUCAACCAAAUGGGCGACCUUCAGUCCAUUGCUUACAGCAGCAGCCUAGGCUGGGAUCUUCACAAUCUUGGAGCUUUCAACGCUGACAACAACAUCAUGUCUCAUUCCUGGCCUUUGUAGACAUGGAAAACACUCCGCCAUUUUCAUCUCCCUUGGAUUCUGAUUUCUCCACUGGUUAUCUCCAAGAUGCACUGUUUGAAUUCGGCGAUCGAUCUAAACGACGUCGCUUGAUGCUGUUCGCCGACAGCCAAUUCAAAGAAACAAACGAACCUCUCAAGAGCUACUGGGACUCGAGCCAGACAGAGAAUUGUUCAGAGAAUUUUAGUUAUCUGAGCCAGAUAACUAGCUUCAAUGGAGUUUCAGGUGAAGCAUUAAUGUACGGAUCAAUGAGCAGAAUGAGUGGGGAUGGAAGUGUUUUCACAAUCACCGAGAAGAAAACGGCAGAAGGAGAAGAAGAAGAAGAAGAACAAGAAAUAUCAGCAGCUUCAGAUCAAGCUCUUCAUUCAUCUGCAUCUUCUCAUCACAAGCCCUUGCUGAAUACCAGCUCCAGCUCCUUCCCUCUCAAACAAACCCUAUCUUCAUUAGACCCCAUUUCUACCUCACCUGAUGGGGAUGGGGAGAAGAGAAAGCAGAAGGUGGCGAAGAAGAGGGUGGCGUACCCAUUUGCAGUGGUGAAGCCCGGAGGCUGGGACGGCGACGUGACGCUGAACGACAUCAACAACCGCAUCCUCAUGCCGCCGACGAGGCCUGUCAGGCACCCCGUUGGCGACUACGCUUGCCGGCCGCUCGUUUCUCCGGACGGGCCCGGCUUGUCCGGCAAAGCUGUGGUGGCCUUCACCAGAAUUCACACCCAAGGCAGAGGCACCAUCACAAUAAUCAGAACCAAAGGUUAAUUAAUUAAAGAAGAAGACGAUGAAGAAACAGAAGAAUUAAGAAAAACGGAAAAAGUUGUAUUUAGGAAGAAGAAUUAAUGUUUAAUUUCUUGGCCGAUCAUGAUCAUUAAUUAAGUCCUCUGCUUGUUUGAAUUGUAUAGGAGACAGAUAUAUAUAUAUAUAUAUAAUAUAUGAGUGUAAGUUGAUUCACCUCUACCUCUACCUCUACCUCUACUGUUCUCAACAUUUAUAUGUAGAUUUUAUAUUCACAAGGGUUUUCUGUUGUAUUCAUACAUGUACAAAUUAAUU